CCGGCUUGUCUGUACAACAGCCUCAAAGCAGCCAACCGGACCCGCGAGUCAGUCAACACACCGAGUGCAAGUCAUUCUGACUGCGUAGUUUUUUUUACAACAGUUGUGCUGCUGUUAUAAGUCAUCCCCGGCUCUUAGCCAGAGUUUAGAGCAGCGGCUUUGUUGUCAGUUAGUGGAGGCGCGCUACGUCGCAGACACCGAUUAGCAUCUCGUUAGCUCAACCGCCCCCCUUCUCCUCCUCCCCGAGACCCACAUGGAGCCCCGAAACACCAACAGUGAGGCGAAGAUGUUGCUGACGCACGCCAAAACCCUGAGACUGCACACCGGGAACUUGGUCAACCGGAGUCGGCUGAAGAAGAAAUGCCCGUGCUCCCCCAGCGAAGAGCUUCAAGACUGCAUUCAAGCCUCGCUCAGCGAUUGGUUUUCCACAACAAAACUGCCAACAAAGGAUUUUCCAGACACAUUGGACUGCUCCAUUCCCCAGGCGACUGACCGCAUCUCGCCUGAAGAGAGGGAUGAGCUGAGGGUUUCAGUGAAGCUGUUCCUGUGCGAGUCAGUUCAGUCCUCCAUCAGCGACGCGGUGGAAAUGGUCUGCCAGGCGCUGGCAGUGUCCCAGCUUGACUCUGUUAUCAUAGCGCCACCGUGGCCCCUGGACGGCGAGAGCCGAAGCUUGGCUCACCUUCAGCCGUCUUGGAAGGAGCUGGAGGUUCUGGUCGGAAGCCAGAAGAUCGCCGCUAUCGGAACGUCUGACCUGGACAAAGACUUGCUGGAACAACUCUACAACUGGGCUCAAGUGAAGCCCAGCAGUAACCAGUUCAACUUGGCCUCCUGCUGCGUGAUGCCUCCGGAGCUGACGGCCUUCGCCAAGGAGUUUGACAUCCAGCUGCUCACACACAACGAUCCCAAAGAGCUGAUGACAGCAGCCACUUUCCAGGAGGCGUUGCGAGAGGGAUCGCAGGACCUGAACGUUGCUGACUGGAGGCUGGAGUGGGUCCUUCGCUACUCCAUCAUCGUCAAGUGCAGGGGCAUUAUCAAGGCUAAGGGGUACCUUGUCAGUGCAAGGAAAGCAAGCCCUUAGCACACCGCGCGAUGGAAGACACAAGGACGAAGCCAUUUUCAUCUCUUUCCAUUGACAUACACACAAAACAUGCAAAGUAAAAGCUCUGAAUAACGGAUGCUGCCAUUCACCGUGAGUCUUGAAGUCAUUGUUUUAUCUCAAUGAUAAGGUUGCAUCCGGAUCGUCUACAAUUUCUUCAUUUGAACCGAUGCAGGUAUUCAUUACCGUUGUCUCUGUGACGUCACAGAUGAACAGGAAACAUCAACUAUUUCAUAGAAUAUAGACUGGGAAAGUGAGCGUUUCACAGAUUCCUCUGUGUAUUGACAGAUUAGCCUCAGAUCCAUUCAAUGGAGGCUGCUUUAAUGAUGGAAAAUGGCAGUUGCUAAACUUUGAUCCAAGGCGAAAGUUCCUUAACCUUCUUUUGAUUUGAAGUGCCUCUCAUCUAUUUUUACCUGCUUUCUCUCCACUGUGUCUGUGUGAAUCAAGCUAUACAUUUAUUGGUCUGAAUGAAAAGCAAAAGUAAAACAACGAGACCUUUUUUAUUUUCUGCACCAAAUGAUUCCAAACUUUCUGAAGAUAUCGGAAAAUAAUUGAUUAAAAUCAUCACCUAUGAUAUGUUUAUUUUAUGCUCCUGAUUGACUGUAAUUGGUGAAGAAAUAACUAUAUAUGACUUUAUUUUACCAGGCAUUUUCUUCUGACCAUGUUUACCCACUACGGUAAUCAUGAGAUUAAUUUGAGGGUUGAAAGAACAGCAAUAUUUUGAGAUUGAUAUGCACAGCAGGCGUUGCUCCUCUAAAUUCAUUGUUGUCUGCACUGGAAACUCUGGGCCAAGGAGAUCUGAAAAUGUGUUCACUCUGAAAAAUACCUUUUUUUUAAUAAGAGAAUGAUGUUUUUCCAGACAAGAUCGAGUUAAUUUCAUGACAACAACCUAUCUGUUGUACUGUAAACAUAUGCAAUGUUGUCAUGUAUCUGUAUAUCAUGAAUCAGCUUUAUUAAAACUACAAAAGUUAUGUUUUACCAUCAACGGUGAUGUAAUCUAUUUAAAAGAUGGAAUAAGA